AUGUCUAUUAUCAAGGGGAAAGAGGUGGAGGUCACGCAAGAUGACCAACGCCGUAUCUGCCUUUUUGCGCGGCUGCAUCGUCGGUGCCGUGAGCUGACGGCCGAAAUCGCUAGGCGCAAGGAGGAGCUGGUGAGGCUCAGCGACGCCGCAGACGAACUGAUGAUUACAGACAACGCCAUGUACCUCUUCGGUGAGACCUUCAUGGAGACCGAGAAUGACGAGGCGGAGGAAUGGCUGGAGAAGGACCAGCAACGGCUGCAGACGGAGCAGGCGGAGGCGGAGGCGGAGCUGAAGUCCGUCCAAGUAGCGUUGGGCGAAUUAAAGGCCUCUCUCUAUGCCUCCCUCGGCAACCAGGUGUACUUGGAGGAUGAUUAA